CAUUUAUGGCCUAGCGUUGUAUCAGAUCAUAAUCUUACGUAGGCAAAGACCUUUAGCCUUAUUACUACUGCUGUGCUACAUGUUUUCAGUGCGCCGUCGCAUUGCCUGCUGUGGACGAUGCGGGAGAGCUUCUUUGUCAAUGUCUCGACACUGAUUGUGGUGUAGAAUUACCGAAUCCGGAAGAACCAAAACGACUCGUCCACGGGCACCUGCGCCGCAAUCCAUAAGGAUGAGUGCGCCUACUACUAUCACAUCAUCGGACGACUUCUCCUGGCCCGCCAGCACAAGCGCACUCACCAGCAUCUUCACGCCCGCUCCCAGCUGCUUGACGCAAAUCAGCUGUAUCCCAUUCCACAGCGAGACCGCGACCUCCACAACAUGUCUUGCCGUCCUUGCCCCGGCGACCUCGGGCUGCGACAUCCUUCGCCAGACGGACGUCGCGUUCUCACCUGGCGUAUGUCCAACGGGAUACACGAUUGCGCUGGUCAAGCCUGGCAAUGCGCGGGUCCCCAUGACGUCUGCGGUGUGCUGCCCCAGCUCGUUUAACUUUGGCACGCUGGCUGCGGAGAUACAGACUGGCAUUGACAACAAACUGGGUUGUGUGUCGAACUUCCCAACGUAUGGCUGGACAUCCAUCUUUGCGCUGAGUGGCUCGAGCACAACGGUAAGCGCUGCACGGUCGACAUUGUUUGCGGACGCGGUCUCGAUAGGAUGGGAUUGCGACAAUACGGAGGUGUUGGGACUGCUCCCGACGGCCGUCGUGGAUUGUCCUGACUUCACUCCGGGUACUUCGGCAACUGGAGGGAGUGUGACUAUUUCCAGUCCUGAGGCCAGUUUUGGAGUGACUCCGUCCCCUGGAACAGACAUGGACAACACACCUGGAACAGACACGGACAACACACCUGGAACAGGCGGGUUAAGUGCUGGAGCUGGGGUUGGCAUAGGUGUAGGAGCGUUUGUGGCUCUACUCAUUGUAGGUGGAGCAGCAUUCUUGUUCAUGCGGCGACGAAAGAACAAAAAACCGAAAGAACCGACUCAUGAGAUCAUGACAACAGAGGAGAAAAGGUAUCCAGAGCCGGGCCAUGAGCUAGCAGGAUCGACUACGCAGCACGAGAUGGGGGAAACGAGAGCAUAUCGACCGGAGCUAGAAGCACCUAAUGGCGCUCAUGAACUGCAAGGUAGUGGAUUGAAGAACCAUAUACCAGGCAGCUAGUCAGGUGAUGUGUUGAAGAAGUUCAAAAGAAGUAGCGAUGAAUCUUACAGCUCACGUGCCCGACAUACGUGACCAAGAG